ACACGAGAGGCAUUUUAAGGAACAGCACGACUAGUAACUCCAUCUGACUGAUCUUUUCUAAAUGAUGCUGUGUCUUUUGCUGGGAUUGAUGAAGCCUGCUAGACGGUGGGUUCUGCUUUUCUUUGUACUUUGGGCGACAUGGGAAACGGCUUUGUCUGUGACGCGCUAUUCUAUACCGGAGGAGAUGGAGCGCGGGUCUGUCGUUGCAAAUCUGGCUGCUGAUUUGGGUCUGGAUGUUAGUGAACUGGCACAGAGAGAGGUAAAACUUGAUAUUUUCCAUAACAAAAAAUAUCUUGAUGUUAAUAAAAGGACUGGCGAGCUAUUUAUUGUUGAAAAAAUGGACAGGGAAACUCUGUGCCCAACAAAAACUAUAACGUGCUUCUUAAAAUUAGACCUAAUAAUUGAAAGCCCAUUGCGUAUGUUCAAUAUUGAAUUGGGCAUCACAGACAUUAACGAUAACGCUCCUCAUUUCCGAAGAGACAGGAUUGAAUUAGAUGUCUCAGAGUCCGCGUCACCGGGAGAAAGAUUCUCUUUGCCCAAUGCGUUUGACCCAGACGUUGGUGCCAAUACAGUCAAGACCUAUAAAUUAAGUGAAAGUGAACAUUUCACUGUUGAUAUACAUUCUGGAAGCGAUGGUACAAAAUAUGUCGAUUUGGUCCUCAUGAAGGCUUUAGACAGAGAAGAGAAGGCUGUUCAUAAUCUGAUUCUCACUGCAAUUGAUGGCGGAGUCCCUGCGCGCUCUGGCACAGCUAAUAUUAUUGUGCGCGUGCAAGAUACAAAUGACAACGCCCCUCAGUUUGAUCAGGCAGUUUACUCUCUGAAUAUGAGCGAAAAUUCUCCAGCUGGCACUGUUGUUAUUAAAUUAAACGCUACUGAUGCUGAUGAAGGCCCAAACGCUGACCUUACAUACUCAUUUACGCUUUAUACUUCUGAAAAAACGCAGGAGAUGUUCUCGUUGAAUUCAAAUACUGGCGAAAUAGCAGUUAAGGGCACAAUUGAUUAUGAAGAUAUGAAAAUAUUUGAAAUGUUCGUUGAGGCUAAAGACAAUGGCCCCGUUCCGCUCUCCGGUCAAUGCAGAGUGACUGUGUACGUUAAAGAUAUGAACGAUAACUAUCCCGAGAUAACCAUAAAAUCCCUUAAGAACACCGUGGACGAAAACAUCCCAGUCGGCUCUGUUAUAGCUCUGGUGGGUGUUAGUGACAGAGACACUGAAGAUAACGGUAAAGUAAAUCUUACAAUGAACAAGUCCUUACCGUUUAUUUUAAACAAGUCCUCUGACUACCUGUACGAGUUAUUGGUGUCAGAAACGUUAGAUCGUGAAAAGGUCCCAGAAUAUGAGAUCAUGCUGGUUGUGACCGAUGAAGGGAAUCCUCCCUUAUCUGAUAAUGAAACUAUAACGGUGCAUUUACUAGAUGUCAAUGAUAACGCACCGCAGUUCCCGCAGACAUUCUACACGAUACCUGUUAUGGAGAAUAACGCGCCUGGAGCUUCACUGAGCUCUUUAACUGCUGUAGACCCAGAUCUCCAUGAAAAUCAGUAUCUAGUUUAUUUUAUAAUAGAGAAGGAAAUAGUGAACACCUCCAUGUCCAUGUUGUUCUCCAUUAACCCAGAGAACGGUAAUCUUUACGCGCUAAAGACCUUUGACUAUGAGAUGGAGAAGGAGUUUCUUUUCCACAUCGAGGCCAGAGACUCUGGUGUUCCUCCGCUCAGCAGUAACGUGACCGUUCACAUUAUUAUCAUGGAUCAGAACGACAACACACCGCUUAUAGUGUCUCCAUGGCGCGCGCACGGCUCGGAGGUGAAGGAAAAGAUCCCGAGAUCCACAGAUAAAGGAACUCUGAUAGCCAAAGUCAUCGCCAUAGACUCUGACUCAGUGCACAACUCUCGAAUCACGUACCAGUUCCUCCAGAACACCGACGCCACGUUAUUCAGCUUGGAUCAAUACAACGGAGAGAUCCGGACCAUGAGAAUGUUCAGUUACAGAGACUCGCGAGACCAGCGGCUGGUGGUGAUCGCCAAAGACAACGGAGAGCCCGCGCUCUCUGCUACAGUCACCAUCAAACUGUCCACGGUGGAGACCGCCCUCAAAACCUAUACUGAGGUGCCUUUGGAAUAUGACAUCUUCUCAGAUCUAAACCUGUAUCUGGUGAUCGGCCUGGGCUCUGUCUCAUUUCUUUUACUCAUCACUAUACUGGUGACCAUCGUGCUGAAGUGUCAGAAAGCGAAGCCCAGCAAAGCGGCUCCUCCGUGCAGGAACAGUGUGAUCAGCGAGAGGAACUCGACCAUCGCGGAUUCCACUCUGGUCUCCAACGAUGCCUACUGGUACAGUUUAUUUCUAGCAGAGACGAGGAAAGGAAAGCUGGUGGUCAGACAGCCUGCGCCAAAGGGAGCGAGAUACAUCGUGUCCAGUUUACCGAGGAGCACAGGAGUGACCGAGACCAGCGACUCAGCCGCAUCUACUCUACAGGUAAGCAAAUAA